AUGGAUUCGGUAAGUGAUUUUUCUAUGAAUUUGGAAAUUUUGACCUUCGAAGAAGAUUUUUUUCAAAUGCGUUUAGUGUGUACCCAGAAGUUGUAGAUUAAUCGAUUUUUUUAAUUGAAAAAAAGGGAAUUAAACUUGUUUACGGUUUCAAGUUCUCCUUUUACCUGGGCUCUUCUUUUUUUCAAAAGAAUUUCCUGUUUUUCUGAAAAGUUCCUAGUUUGUUAAAAUAGUAUACUUCGUUUUUUUCUAUAUUUCUCUUUUUCAAAGAAUUACCUGAUUUUUUAAAAAAAUACCUGGCCUCUUAAAAAAAUUUGACAUUUCUAAAAAAAUUACCCGGUUCUUUUUUUGGAGAAUGAAUUGGAUUUUUUUAAACUUACUUUUUUUCUUUGAAGGAUAUUUCUUAAAAAAAUAAAUCAAUAAAAUGUGAAAAAAAUGGAAUUUUUGAGAGAAAUGAAACGAGCGAUUCGGAUCUAUCGAGAGGGCCACGGAGGAGUCGUUACGAUUCUUGUCGUUCGUUUUUCAUUUUGCAAAAAAAUAAAUAAUUUUUUUCAUAUGAUUUUUUUAACGUAGUUCUCAUCGAAAAUGAAUAAAAUUGGGGGAAAAAAAUUUUUUUGACGGUUUUUUUCUUAGGAAAAAAAUUGUGAAUUAAGCUUCGAAUUUGGGUUUUAAGAUUUUUUUCUGCGCUAAUUUUUAAAGAUUUAGAAGUGAAUUUGGGAUUUUUCGGGGUUCAAAAAAAGGAUAAAGUUUGAGAAAACAAUGUGAUUUUUUUAUCGGUUUUGAGAGGUUUCGAGAGAAUAAUUCGGAAUUAAAAAUUUUUUUAAAAUGGCGUUUUUUUCAGAAGCUGUAAUAUAGAGAAGCCAAAAAAAUUGGAAAUUAUUGAAAUUUCCUUGAUUUUUUUGGAGUUUUUACAUUUUUGUUAGUGAAAAUUGAAGCUUCAGAGGGAAAUUUGAGCUUUUUUUGUACAGAAAAAAAUGAGAAAAAAAUUGAGAAAAUGAUGUCUUUUUUUGGCGGUUUUUGAGAGGUUUCAAGGAAAAAAAUUCAGGGAAUUUUUUUCAAAAAAAUGGCUUUUUCAGAAGCUGUAAAAUAGAGAGCUAAAAAAUUGGGAAUUAUUGAAAAUUUUGGAGUUUUUACAUUUUGGUUAGUGAAAUUUGAAUAUUAAAAGGGAAAUUUGAGCUUUUUUUGUACAGAAAAUUGAGAAAAAAACGGAUUUUUAGGUAUCGAAGUGGACAAAAGAGAAGAAAGAGAAGAACAAGGGGCUCAUUUCGAUACUUUAUGUGACGUCAUUGAAAGAAUAAUCGAAGUGGACGUGGCUGUUGAUAGUUUCGAAGAGAUCAGGUCGGUUUUCUCGAAAAAAUGAAAAAAUUGGAUUCUUAAGACGAAAGGUAGCUGAAUCUUGAUCUUUACGAAAAUCUUAGGAAUUCCAGAGUGGUCCCUAAAGGGGUAGGGGGAAAAACAGCACAUAGAGGGGCCGGAAAAGUGGUCCCUAUAGGGCUAAAAUUAAAGUGGUCCCUUCAGGGGUUCACGGUCUGACUCCUUACCCCCUAAAGCUCAAGUUGUCGCUUAUGAAUCCCUGAGUGGCCCCUAUAGGGGUUAGGGAGAAAAGCAACCCCUAGAAGGGCCGAAAAAGUGGUCCCUAUAGGGCUAAAAUUAAGGUGGUCACUAUAGGGGUUAGAGGAACGAAUAGCCCUUAUAGGGCACGGAUAAAGUGGCCCCUAUAGGGGUGUAGGGUCUGACUUUCUAGCUCCUAAAGCUUAAGUGGUCCCUAUAGGGGUUUAGGGAGCAAACAGCUCGUACACGACCCAAAAAAGUGGUCCCUAUAGGGCUAAAAUUAAUGCGGUCCCUAUAGGGGUUCAGGAUCUGACUCCAUAGCCCCUAAAGCUAAAGGGGACCCUAUAGGGGUCUCUCAAUUUUAUAUUAAAAAAACAAUUAUUUAUUUAUUUUUUUCCCAUGGAAAUGCUUCUUCGCUUAGAGUUCAUAAAAAAAUUAUCGAACAACAUUUUUCCCUUUAGGGAUCACUUUUUGCAAGCUUUAGUGGCCCCUCUAGGGGUUGUUACAGGGGUCCCUAGAGGGGACUAUUCAAGGAGCCACUAAAGGGACCACUUUGAAGUUUCUAAGAAGUGGAUUAUUUUGGUUUUUUUUUACGAAAUAAUGGAGUUUUGUCCAAUUUUUCAGAUUCCAUCCUUUUUUCUGUGAGAUUAAAUGAUUAAAAAAAUUGUGAACUUUUCCCAUCGUUUAGUUUUUUUAACUUUAGAACUAAGCCGCGAAAAAAUCUGAAAAGUUUCCGGUUUUUUUCGACUUUCCUAUGAUCAAACUUCAUAUGAAUUUUUUUGAAUAAUUUCAAAUUUUUUUCACUUUGAAAAAAAUUUCUUUUUUUCAGCUAUUUUUCGAAAGAAUUUUUUUCCAGUCCAAACUUUGACGAAAUCCGCGGGAUUCUCGACCCAAGGCUCAUCGAUAAUUGCCGAAAUCGGCUGAAAUUCCAAAAAUUGACGCCAAUCCAGACGAGGACCAUCCCCAUAAUGCUCAAGAGUCGGUUUUUCGCAGUUCGAAACUUGAAAAAAUGAUCAUUUUUAAUCAUUUUUUGGCUUGCAAAGCGGUCGCGAUGCGUUUUUGGCGCCAAUUUGAAAAAUUAUUGCUCUUUUGGAAAAACAAGUCUGAGGGACGUCAGAGUGGCCCCUACAGGGGUUAGGAAAAGAGAACAGUUCCUCUAGAGACGAAAAAGUGGUCCCUAUAGGGUCUCGGGAUCUGGCCCCUGAGUUCCAAAAGGUUAAGUGGUCCCUAUAGGGGUUCGGGAUCUGACCCCUAAUUUUCAAGAGAUCAAGUGGUCUCUGUAGGGGUUAGGGAAAGUUGAGCUCCUCUAGGGAGGGGAAAGUGGUUCCUAUAGAGGUUCGAGAUCUGACCCCUAUGUUUCAAAAGAUCAAGGGGUCCCUAUAGGGGUUCAAGGUCUGACCCCUAUGUUUAAAAAGAUCAAGGGAUCAUUAUAGGGUUUAGGGAAAAAGACAGUUCCUUUAGGGACGAAAAAGGGGUCCAUAAGGGGCUCAGGAUCUGACCCGCAAGUUCCAAAAAUUGAGUGGUCCCUAUAGGGAAUUUUUUUCAUUUUUUGUUGAGUUGUGAUAAAACUUGAUUGAUUCAUUCUGUGUAGAUAUUUUUCAUUCAAAAAAGCUAUUUUAUUGAUUUUUCGCAUAGAGAUGCUUUAGUGGACCCUAUAGGGAAGUUCAAAGUGGUCCCUGGAGGGAACCUUGAGGGCCCCUAUAGGGAUCCCUGUGACCUAAUAAUUUUCAAAUCGCCGCCCAAAAACGCGUCGCGACCGCUUUGCUCACAAAAUUUGAAUAUAAAACAUUGGAAAAUUCCAAUUUUUUCCGAUAAACGACUGAUUUUUCCAGCCAAGGAGCACUUAUUAACAAGCGCCCCGACUGGAGUCGGAAAAACGGCCUCUUUUCUCCUCCCGUCCAUUCAAAUGAUCCUGGAAGAACAGAAAAGGUUGAGAAAAUCGAAAGGAUUUGAUUGAAAAUAAUUCCUCAGGACAAGGAAACCUCGAGUCGAAUCGCCCCAAGUGCUGAUUUUGAACAACACGGGGAAUCUCGCCAUGCAGACGUAUCGUUUCGGAUUGGAUCUUCUUGAGAAUAGUGAGAUUUCACAGAAAAAUAGGACUUUUUUCAAAAAUUUACCUGAAAAAAGCCAUUUUUUGAUAAUUUCCGCUUGAGAAAAGGGUCAAAUUUGCCCUAAAUGCUCAUUUUUUAAUGGCGAUCGAAGUUGGUAGACUUUAUUUCGAAAAAAAUUCCCAUCAAAAGCUCGAAUUUUUUUCGCUAAUAAUUUAAUUUCCGAAAAAAAUCCGAGUUUUUCAAAAAAAUGGGCCUUAUCAAGGAAAUCAUUAAGAAUUUUGCAAAAAAAUCAUAGAAAAUAUAACUUUUUGAUUUCUUUCGACCUGGAAGAGAUAAUUUCAAUACGAAAGAGUUCAAGAUUUUUUUGAACUCUGAAACGAAAAAAAUAGAAAAAUUUCGGUCGAAAAUGAUCAUGUAACUCUGUAAAACUGUUUUUUUGAGUAGUUUGAAAAAGUAGUUUAGAACUGUAAAAAUUCAUCUUUUUUUCGACCGGGAAAAAGAUGGUUUUAACAGAAAAAAACUGUCAGAUUUGUUUUUCCGGUUUUUUUGAUCUAAAAAAAGUGAAAAAUUCGGUUGGAUAUGAUCAUCUUAUUCUUGUACAAGACAAGCUUUUUCAAGCAAGAAUUUCAAAAAUAGUUAGUCAAAAAAACUAUAAAAUUCAGAUUUUUUUCGACCAGAAAAUCCUCAAAUUUGUUAUUUUUCUAGUUCAGUUUUGUUUACCUACACGAGAUAAUUUUUCACAGGAAGACUUUUGAUUUUUUUCGGAUUUUUAAGAAAAAGUGGAAAUGUUUUUGAAAAAACAGUCUUAGGUGAAUGACAAAAGAGAUUUUUAAAAAAUUAAUUAGUUAAAAACUGUAAAAUUCAGCUUUUACCAUCUAAAAUUCAUUUCUGUUUACCGGGAAGAGACAAUUUCUGGGAAAAUUUUCAGUGGCCCCUAUAGGGUUUCGACGUUUUAGUGGCCACUAUAAUAGUCAACUUAGUGGCCACUUAAGGGGUUAAAAAUUAGUGGCCACUAUAGAGGUCCCAGUGCUACUACUAGACCACUUAGUGGCCACUUUAGGGGUCAAUGGAUCAACAUAACUGGUCCAAUCGGUUUGUUUUAAAAUUAUCAGUGUUACUGGAAGGAAUACUGGAUGAAAAACUACUGAAGUGGCCACUAAAUAGAGAACUCUAUAGUGGCCACUACAACGGAAAAUAGUGGCCACUAUAGAGUUGGGUUUAGUGGCCACUUUAGUGUUCUUGGCGAGCCUCUAUAGUGGCCACUAAAAAUUUUCCCAGUUCAAUCGAAAAAUCUUCAAAUUUCAGUCGAUGAGGUCCAUAUCGGCGCCCUGACCGGCGACGCAAAUAUUUCGAUCUCAGAAGUCGUUAAAAGUAAUAUUAUCGUGGCGACGAUGGGAAAGCUCAAAGCUGCCUGCGAGAGCAAAAAAGUGAGUCCGGGUUGAGAAAAUCCGAAUUUAGGAGAUUAAAAUGAGGGUUAUGGUUGUGGAAAAUUCUUUUGAAACAGUUUCGGGCCUUCUUUGGCCAAUUUUUUCGAAAAUAAUUGCUUCGGCUUUUUUCUCAAAAAGUUUUAGCCGUGGCGCGCGUUUGAGGUUGAUAAUUUACUUCUCAAAAGGCUGAAAAAAUAGCCUUUUUAUAGUGAAAAUGUGCUCCAUUGACGAUUUUCCAUCAGGAACACCAGAAAGGUCCCUAGAGGGGUCACUUCAGGGUCUCUUGUAGUCUCCCCUCCAGGGGCCACUUAUCCCCUCCUACAGGGGGCGCUGCAGCUUGAAAAAGUGGCCACUCUAGGGGACAUGCUAUUUGAUAAUUGUUAUGAACCCUGAGCGAAGAAGCAUUUCCAUGUUACCACUAUAGAGACCACUUUUUCGGCUCUUGUAGAGGUUUUUUUCCGCUCUAACUCCUAUAGGGACCACUUGAGCUUUAGGGAGUAAGGGGUCAAACGUGAAACCCCUUUAGGGAUCACUUUAAUUUUAAUCUUAUAGAAACCGUUUUUUCAGCCCUUGUAGAGUUUGUUUUCCGCUCUAAACCCUAUAGAGAUCACUCUGGGAUUCCUAAGGGACCACUUGAGCCUCAAAGGGUAAGGGGUCAAGCCCUAAACCCCUUUAGGGGCCAUCUCUAUUUUUCCCCUAUAGGGAUCACUUUUUUGGUCCUUGUACUGGUUGUUCUUCUCCCUAACCCCUCAAGGGACCACUUGAGCUUCAAGGACCCUAAACUCCUAUAGGGACUACUUAGUACUUAGAUUUUAUCCCUAAGGAGAAUCGUUUAGUCCACCCUAAGAGCUUUAUCCCUGACCCCUCUAGGGACCACUCUAGCGCCCCUAAGAAAGUUUCCAGAUCUCCUUUGACAAGCUCAAAUGGUUGAUCAUCGACGAGGCGGACUUGAUGGUCAAAUUCGACACUUUUGGUCCGUAUGUUGAAGAAAUCUACGACGAAUUUCCGCUCUUUGUCAAAGUAAAUCGAAAAAUAUGUUUCGAAAUGCACAUUUCGGUCAAUUUGAAGGAUUCCCUGAGGGUCAUGUUCUUCUCAGCGACUUUUGAUUCAAAUGAACAUGGUUCAGUUAUUUUCAACGACCUGCAGAUGAAAUUGACACGGUUUGUUUCGAAACGAGAUUAUGAAGUUGAAAAAAUGGAUUGAAAAAUGUUGAAAAUGAUAAUUUGUAGUGUAGUGAAGUCCUUGAGGAAACAUUUGAAACACAUUUUUAAAUUAACUUUCAUCAAUUAAUGUGGAUUUUUGAAAGAUUUGGACCUAGUGAAAGUAAGAAAAAUUGAUGUUUAUCAUUAGAGCGCGUUUGACGUCAAAAAAAUAGCCUAUAGCUUUUUUUCUGUUUUUUUCUUGUUGAUUUUUUUCGUCAUUUUUUUCGAAAUUUUCUUUUUUUCGAUAAGUUUUUUUGAAUCGCUUCUUUUGUUCGAAACGUAUUGACUACGAAAAAUGACCGUUUUUUUGAGAAAAAUCGGACUAAAUUUUUGAAGAAUUUUUAUUCAAUUUAUUAUGCCUAAUAUUUCCAAUAAAUUUUUCUUCUUGACUGGAAAAAAAUUCAGAAAAAUGUCUUGAGUAACCAUUUGAAACUAGAAAACUGAUUUUAAGCGAAAAUUGUUCAAAAAUUAAAAUUUUCCAGUGACGAAUCCUACGCGUCGGUCGUCGUCCGCAACAUUUCGGGACUCAUCGAUCAUGAACUGAUCGAAGUUUAAAAUAAGAAAAAAGCCUGGAAACGUCCGCAUUUUCCAGAUAAAACUCCCAAAAGUUGUUGGUAUCCAAGACACGGAGUUGGUCAUCAAGUUCGAGAGGCUCAAAAAGAUGCUCAAUGAGGAUUUGGCCGAGUAUGGGGCCGGGAAGGGAGGUGAAUUCAUUGGGAAAAAAAAAAGUGAAAAAAUGAUUAUUUUGAGUUUCACUGUGAAGUUUGGACUAGAUUUGGUUCAUUUUGUGGGAAAACGCAAAAAAUUAUACUAGUUCCGAGUUAUAACACAUUCUUUACGACCUGACUUGUCUGCGCUCUCUUUUCUCUAAUCGGUGAGAUAGUGUAGAGAAAGGAGAGGGUGCAGAGAAGUCAGAGAUCUGUGAAAAAUUCCUCCUGAAUAGAGUUUGAUUAAGUGAAAAUGGGAAAAAGUUAUAUUAGUUCCGAGUUAUAAGACAUUAUUCACGACUCUCUGACCUGUCUGCGCUCUCUUUUCUCUCGUCGGUGAGGUAGUAUAGAGAGAGGAGAGGGCGCAGAAAAGUCAGACAUCUGUGAAAAAUUCUUCCGAAUAGAGUUUGAUUAAGUGAAAAUGGGAAAAAGUUAUAUUAGUUCCGAGUUAUAACACAUUCUUCACGACCUGACCUGUCUGCGCUCUCUUUUCUCUCGUCGGUGAGGUAGUAUAGAGAGAGAAGAGGGCGCAGAAAAGUCAGACAUCUGUGAAAAAUCCUUCCGAAUAGAGUUUGAUUAAGUGAAAAUGGGAAAAAGAUAUAUUAGUUCCGAGUUAUAACACAUUCUUCACGACCUGACCUGUCUGCGCUCUCUUUUCUCUCGUCGGUGAGGUAGUAUAGAGAGAGGAGAGGGCGCAGAAAAGUCAGACAUCUGUGAAAAAUUCUUCCGAAUAGAGUUUGGUUAAGUGAAAAUGGGAUAAAAGUUUUAUUAAUUUCGAGUUAUAAGACAUUUUCACAACUCUCUGACCUGUCUGCGCUCUCUUUUCUCUAAUCGGUGAGAUAGUAUAGAGAGAGGGGAGAGUGCAGAGAAGGCAGACAAAUGUUCAAUGUCCUGGCGAAUAGAGUUUGAUUGAGUGAAAAUGGGGAAAUUUUAUUAAUUUCGAGUUAUGAGACAUUCUUCACGACUCUCUGACCUGUCUGCGCUCUCUUUUCUCUCGUCGGUGAGGUAGUAUAGAGAGAGGAGAGGGCGCACAGAAGUCAGACAAAUGUUCUUUGUUAGGAGAAAAAUGCUCCUAUAUCAAUAAAAAAAAUAGACUAAACUGUUCGUAGUUCUAACAGGCCGCAUGUGGAAUGGCUCCACCGUAAGAACCAUUAAAAAGAGCGCCCGACCAAAAAUGACUUGCGCUGAGACAUUGAAAAGGGUGCUGAUUUCUGUAACUUUUUUUUUCUAACGACCGUCGAGUCAUUCCAAAUGCGGCGAAGGUUGAAAAUUCGUAAAAACUGCUACUUCAAAGUCGCAUGUAGGAUGGCUUAAGAGCUGAUUAAAAGUGCACCCGACCAAAAACGGCUUGCGCGCUGAGGCUUAGCCAAACCUUUUCGAAAUCUGCUGGUUUUUGACCGGCUCUAAGAAAACUUGACUAGCCGCAACGCGACCGCGACGCGUUGAGCCAUUCCAAAUGCGGACAAGGUUGAAGUAUUGCUCCUUUUAGAAACUUCUGUAAAAAACUGCUUCUUCAAGGUCGCAUGUUCGGUGGCUUAAAAGCUGAUUAAAAGUGCACCCGACUAAAAACGGCUUGCGCGCUGAGGCAUAAUAUAGCGCUAGAAAAUAUUACUGAUUUUUAAUCCGGCUGUAGGUUGAAUUGAUCCCAAACCUUUAAAAAUUGAAAAAAACUCAUUUUUUUGGUUUUUUCUGCUUGAAAAACAUAUUUUUUUCGAUUUGAACGAUGAAUUUUUCAAAAAAUCCAGUUUUUUCCGAAUUUUCCCUUUUUCAGGCCCAUAUGAACACAGCGUCGCCGUUUUCGUAGAGACUAAAAAACGGGCGGUCGCUUUGACCGCCAUGCUCAUCAUGUACGGCUACAACUUUGAUUGCUACAGCAGGUGAGGGAAACAUCCAGAAAAAAUGAGAUUUUGAAUUUUAUUGCCAUGCUGUAGUUACCAUUGCACGUUCAAUGGUUUUUUUUCAAAAAUUCCCAGUUUGGAAGAGAAUUUUUUUUAAAGUUUACCAGGAAAAGUUGGAAAAACGCAUUUUGCAGAAAAGUUGCUCCACGGAUAAUUUUCAUAAUUUUUCGUAAUUUUUUCGUGAUUUUUUCACCGAUUUAAUUUUUUUUCAUUGCAAUUUUUUCUGAAAGUACGUGCUUUUGUGUCUUUUCAAGUACAAAUGGGCGUUAUCAUCUCGGAGUAUAUUUUUACUGGCCAGCUUAGGAACUCCUGAGUGGUCCCUACAGGGGCAAUUUUGGGGCCUUUGGAGGGUCCCCUCUAGGGACCACUUUACCAACCUUUAUAGGCGUCACUAAAGCUUGAAAAAGUGGUCCCUAUAGGGAUAAGGCUAGUCGAUAAUUUUUACGAGUUCUAUGCGAAGAAGCAUAACCAUGGGACCACUUUUUCGUCCCAAGAGGAAAUUUCUUUUUCCUAAACCCUAUAGGGACCACUUGAGCAUCAGCGGCUAAGGGGUCAGAUCUUGAGACCCUUUAGGGACCACUUUUUCGUUUCUAGAGGAAAUGUCUUCUAACUAACUUCUAUAGGGGUCACUCAAGCUUCAGGAGCUGAGGGGUCAGAUCUUGAGACCCUAUAGGGACCACUUUUUCGACCCUAUAGGAACUGUCUUUUCCUCUAACCCCUAUAGGAACCACUUAAGCUUUAGGGGCGAAGGCGUCAACCCUAAACCCCUAAGGUAAAAAAAGUUUCUAGUGAGAUGACGGGCGCCGAUCAGGACAACACCCUGGAUGCCUUGAAAAAGCGGAAAAUCCACGGAGUCGUCAGUACGAAUAAAAUGGCCCGCGGAACGGAUGUCUCCUCCUUGGCUCAUGUUUGAAAUUGUCUCAUUAAAGAAAAAAAAAAAUCAAUUUUCAGAUCAUAAACUUUGAUUUUUCGCCGGAUAUCGACUGGACGUUGCACAGGUUGGUAGGGAAAAUGGGUCAAUUUUUGAGGAAUUUUUUUUUGAGUUGAGAAAAAUUUUGUACCCAUCCAAUAGUUCAUAGUGUUCAACUAGAGGUGAUAGAAGAAUCAAAAAAGUUAAAUAAAAAAAUCCUGACCUUGAAGGAGUCAUUCACGACCUGCAAACAGUGCGGUUACUUAAGCCACGCCCCUUUAUUGAUUUUUUGGACCAAACAGCGAAAUUCCCUAUUUUUUGGUACCGAAAAUACCUAUCAAGAGCGCAAGCCGUUUUGAGUCGGUUGCAAAUUGGCGAUCGAUUCAAAAUGAAACUUCGUGGUCGCACGUAGAAUGGCUCAAUGCGUCGCGAUCCGAGUUUUAUUCAUAAAUGACUUGAAAUUUCUUUACUCGGACCUCUGUAACGCAAACCGGACGUUCCUGAAUGCUCCAAGGGAUCACUUAAGAGUGUUGACGCCGCUAAAGUGAUCCCUAGAAGAGCUCAGAAAGGUCCGAGCCGCGUUCGGUUUCCGUUGUCCAAGUAGUUUGUUUUCUGAUACUCCUGAGCGCAAGUCGUUUUGAGUCGGUUGCAAAUUGAGGCAUUCCAAAUGUCUUUGCAACAGUUCCCAGAGCGAUUUUUGGCGGGAAAUUCGAAUCCAAAACGCGAGUCGCCUUCCACUUUUCUUUUUUGACAACUGAUAGAUUUUUUUAAACAGAAAAUCUCGAGUGGCCCCUAUAGGGGCAACCUGAGCGGCUCUUGGAGGGUCCCCGCCUUAUAGGGGCCCCUAGAGCCUGCAAAAAGUAGAAAAAAAUAACUGAAAAAAAUAACUUUUUUUUUUUUGAAUAAAAUUGAACGACCCCUAUAGGGACCACUCAAGCUUUAGAGACCAAGGGGUCAGACCUUAACUCCCUACAGGGACCACUUUUUCAGUCCAUAUUGGCGCCAAAAACAGCUUGCCAGCCAAAUCGCCUUGAUAUUUCUUUUCUUAUCAGAAUCGGCCGAACGGGAAGGGCCGGCAAAGCCGGAAAAUGCUCCUAUUUCAUCGUGCACCCGACCCCGCGCGACUUCAGCAGCUGUUACAAGUUCUACUUGGUUAUAUCAAUUUUUAAAGCUGAAAAGUCAAAAGUUCAUUUUAGUAUUUACGAGAUAUUGAUUUCCAAUUCCCACGUUGGUUCCUCGCACUCGUCGGUCUCUACGAGGAGCAGAGAAGGUGAGUGAAGAGUUAGGGAGCGUUGAGUUUCAGGAGACGGCAGAGAAAAGGAAAUAUCUAGCCUCUCUCUUGUUGUCAUGCUCUCUAGCUUCCAUUAUGAAACAGACGCUAAAGAGCGUUGAAUUUUGGGAGACAACAGAGAAGCAGAGAAAUAUGAUUUUCUGUCGUCUAGCUCAUCAGUUAGAAAAAGAGGGCGUUGAUUCAAAAAUUAGAGAUCGUUCGGUUUCGAGAGAGAGCAGAGAAAUAUGAUUUUCUGUCGUCUAGCUCAUCAGUAAGAAGAAGAGCGCGUUGAUUGAAAAAUUAAAGAUCGUUUGGUUUCGAGAGAGAGUAGAGAAGCAGAUUUUUUCUCCCGUUCUCUUUCUGAACAGAGAUGAAAAAAAUAGCGUUGGGUUUGAGGAGACGGUAGAGAAGCAGAGAUUUCUAGUGUCUCUCGAGUUCUCACGCUCUCUAUCUUUCAAUGAUUCCAGUCAAAAAGUGAAAGGAAGGAAUUCUUCUCAAAAAAAAAAUCAUGAAAAUUAGAGUGCGUUUAUCUUUGAGAGGCAGCAGAGAAAGAGGAAAAUCAAUAAAUGAUCGAUUUUUCGAAAUUUGUCCAUUACAGCGUCAACUACCGGCCCACAGAGAGACCAAGAGCGCCAUCGCCUGUUCAGCAACAACAAGAAGAAGAGCAACGAGUCGAACCUCAGGAGGAAGAGCAGCUUCUCCCCUGGCAAACGACGAAUUCUACGAGCGAAUCCGAAGAAUUCGUUUCGGCAGAAGACUCGAUUAUUAUGUGA